GCUGCUCACUGCUCGUUGUUUGUGAAAGCUGAGCUCACAGCAAAAUCGACCAUGAGGCUGUCCCUGACUGUGUUUCUGGUCACUCUGGCCCUCCUCUGCUAUGAGGCAAAUGCAAAGGCCUGUCCAGCUCUACUUUCUGAACUUAAAAGCUUCUUUGUGGAUAAUAUCAACUUCUACAAUAUGAAACUUACGAUGUUAGGUUUACCAUCAAAACCUUCUGCGGCUAUGGCAGAAGUGAAGAAAUGCGUAGAUAAGUACCCCUACAAGGAGAGACUCAAUAUGUACAAAGUUGUGAAAAAGAUACUCGGUUUAUGUAAAAACUGAGUGUAAAAAUCUUACACGAGUACCUGUGUCGUUCAAGGAUGGCCUGAUCUUCCGCAGAAACUGUGAAGGUUUCAACGUCUUGCUUCAGUAAAGUGCUUGCCCUGCAA